AUGUCCUUACAAACUGUCCAACCCCUCGAAGUGGGUACCAACAGCUCUACUGUGGAAAAAUCUAUCAUUAUGAUACCUCCUAUUAUCACGGAAACUGAAAACAAACCUAAAUUUGAAAAACAGGUGUCUGUCGACACAAGAUCCUCAAUAAGAUUUAAUUUGCCAGCAUCUCAUAAUUCAUCGCUUUCCACUCUAACUUCCCUGUCCUCGUCAGCGAACGAUACUGCAAAAGACUCGACUGCAGUUCACCCAUCCGCAAACCUAAAGUUCCUUCGUAGCAUUCAUGAACGCACAAAAAGGAAGCAGAGAUUACGUAACUGCUUGAAGAUAUUCAAUUGCAUCUUCGUUUACGGACUACCGAUUGGAGGAAUAUUCCUCGGAAUCGCAGGAAUUCUUCUCGGUCACUUUCUCCACAUCGAACCCAUUUUUGUUGGAGGCUGUCUGCUUUUGAUAACAGCCGUUGGAUUUAUACUGCAAGCCUGCUUCUGGAGACGCAGUUUGCCAAACAAGUUUCGGGCAAAAGAAAUUGCCUUCAAUAUGCCCCAAGAAGACAGUCUCAUUUCUAAAUCCAACGAACGAUCAGACGAUGAGCCUAAUAGUAGCGUCAACUCAAACUGCGUUGAACCGUCAGUCAAGUCGCCUGCAGUAAAUUCUGCCCAGGUUCGACGACUCAGUAUGGCGUUAAGCAGGGCCACGGCCGAACUGUCAGCGGCCAGACAGAUAACCUCGGUUACGGGCAGGAGUGGCGGGGUUUUGAACCUCGCGCGUCGAUUGACUAUGGCGCAAAUGAAUUUCGGCGACUAUGCAGACCAUCGAGAGUUGGAGUCCGGGAAUGGGUGGAUUGCCGGCAGAUUUCCCCACGGUGUCAGAAGUGGCCUCGCGUGGAAUGAUACAGGCGCUUCGCGAUUUUAUGCAUCGAAUUAUGACUAA